CCCAAGAAUAGUUGUGCGGUCCGUGGAGGCAUCGGAUACCUAUAUUUAUACAUACAUAUAUCGUGUAUAUAUAUAUAUACGCACAAAUAUUAUAUAUAUAUAUACACACAUACAUACAGCUGUACCUACUGUAUAAAAUACUACUUGCACUUACUGCUCUCUCGCUCUCUCUCUCUCUCUCCUUCUUUUAUUAAUCCUUUCGGCCUCCUUCCUCUCCCUCAUACACAAAUUUAUACUCAUCGAUCGUGUAUCCAACGGUAAAUAUCCCGAUAAAUAAACCUCUCAACGGACAAUAAAGACAACGGUAUCAACGUAAAAUUGGUUUUUUUAAGAAAAAAAAAAACAUUGAAUCGAAAUGCAAGGACGUUGCAUAAUAAUUUAGAUCCCGCAUUGAUAUCUUGUUAAGUUUUUCGCCCUUCCCGAAAGAGUCGUUGUCCUCAACCGGUAACCAGACGCAAUCCCAUCGGAUAGUCCAUCUAUUUCUUCUUCUACCACUUUUUUCCACCACCUCGUCUGGGUCCAACUUGAUCUCUCGUCAUCCACUUCUCUACACCUCUGCCACAGUCCCGUACACUCGUCGCCUCCUACUCAAUAUUUUCUCUCUCUCUGUCUUAUUGCUCUCACUGCUCCGUCCACCUCUACCUCCUCAACGUUAACCCUACUCUUGCUCCUUUCUCGCGAACGCUGACGGAGCUCUUACCGCAACCCGCUACUCCUGGGAUACUCCGGAGUUUUCAUAGUAGAGUGCUCGAGAGACACGAGGAAUCUUUCUUCGUCUCGUCUCGCACGUCGCACGCCGGGACGUGAAACAGACGAUUUUUUGCCCCCCUCGCGAGAUCCCGCGGCUUCGUCGUACGCCUGCGGGAAUCCCUGUUAUUAAUUUUUUACCUUAAACAAUGGUGUGUGUAUAAAUGUUGCGUUCGAGGGCGUACACGUGCACUCUUCAUCCUUACGUACACAUGUGUGAACGAGUGACGAACCCUACUCGUAUACCCUCGACCCCCUCGGUGAAUUGAUUUACCCCCUGGUGAGCAACCCCUUGCCUCGUAUUCUGACAUCAUUGUUAACGUGACAGCGAGGAGUCUCGAUGUACCUUCGUGAAAGAAAAACAGUGAAGUGCGCGAAAUAAAUAGUUGCACCUAUACGUCCGAUAAAUCAUCGCUCGUUCCUCCAAGAUUCUUCUGUAUUUACACAAUUUAUUUUGUUGAAACUUUUGAUGCAUUCGUCGGCUGUACGCUAAAAUAUUGAGUCGCCACGUUUUACCAGGCACGUUUACCAGGCCUCAAUAUCCAGUGUGUGAUCGUGCGCGGGUGUCUCUCUACAAAUAUACGUGACUAUAUAUAUUUGGUCGCAAAUAUACGCGCGUAAUAUACAAUCUGUAUGUGCACAGCCAUAAAGUCCGACGAAUUUAUGGAGUCAAAUAACAAUUUCCGUGAUGCUGUCCGUCACCCCCGAUGUCGACCUUGCACCCGGUGUCGUCGAAUUUCACGAUGCUCUCGUUAAAAUCCGCGAACAAUAGAAAGGGAGAACGUUAAUGGAACGUAUAGGUGUCGUCUUGUUCGCUGCUCGUAUAUAGUAUACGUCUCGAAAAACGAGGUAACGGCCUCUCCGAACAAAGAUUCUCUGUAAAUUAAAUUACGUAAAACGCGAGUGAGUUGUUUAAUCAUCGAGCGCGCGCGCGCGCCAUUUUGGUGAACUACGGGGAAAAAUAAGUUCGUCGGUGAGUGCGUCGUUUAAUUCGCUUGAGAAUCGCGAGUAUAUCAACCUCGGUGAACUGUGCGAGUUUAACGAAAAAGAAAAAAAAUAACACUGAUGAAGUUGUGCGAAGAGUGGCUCCAUUAGCUUGGCGUCUCGCUUGAAUAGCGAACGUUGUUUCGCAGUUACUCGAAACGCAUCGAUCCUGUGAACGUUGGACGCACCGUUGGACUUGGUGGAAUUUUAGUUAACGCGAUAAAGCUCCGAUUUUGAAAGGCGUGUGAAUAAUUUAUUAGCUCCAUUCGUCGGUGAACCGAUCGCGCGUAAAGAGCGAGCGUCUACGUAGUUUAGUGGCGGCGGCCCCUCCGAGGGUAAAGAAGUUUCGCACGAGUGCCCGUAAAGGCAGUCAGGGUGGUUCGCGGGGGGUCAGGAGGUGCGGACGCCCUGGCGACUGCCGGGGUCGUUUAUCCGCCCGCGACGGCGAGCCUGUUUCCCGGUCGUUUACCAGCGGGACAUCAUCGCCCCGAUCUCACCAGCACGUUGGAGCUGGGGUUCCCGGCCCGCGGCACCACCGCCUCCAUGGCGUUGGUGGCCCCGCCGCCCUCGUGGGCCUCGCGGGAUCCUGGCUCAAAUUUAGGCGGUGCCGGUGCACCAGGUAGCGGCGGACCUUUGCAAGUCUGUCCGCCGCCCAUGCCACCGACGCAUCUGACACCAUCCGCUACCCCCGAGGACAUUACGUGCCUCGUUCCCGUCGGCAGUGUUUUAACACCGAGAGAACCUGUCCCACCGAGCACCACACCCGGAAGUCAAGCUAAUAGCUCGCAAUCCGGUAGCUCACAGACCGACAAAUCCCCGAACAUUGAGUGCGUCGUUUGUGGGGACAAAAGUAGCGGCAAGCAUUACGGUCAAUUUACUUGUGAAGGAUGCAAAAGCUUCUUCAAGAGGAGCGUGAGGAGAAAUCUUAAUUAUUCCUGUCGGGGGAACCGCAAAUGUCCCAUCGACCAACAUCAUAGAAAUCAGUGCCAGCACUGCCGAAUGUCUAAGUGCCUCACGAUGGGCAUGCGCCGGGAAGGUAUGCAUUCGGUUCAGAGAGGGCGAGUGCCACCCUCGCAGCCAUCGUUACCGGGACUCCCGGGACAAUUUUCACUAACAAAUGGUGAUGUAGUUGCGUGCGCGAGUCUAAACGGACACUCUUCGUAUUUGUCGUCGUACAUAAAUUUACUGGUAAGAGCGGAGCCAUAUCCGACCGCUCGUUACGGGCAGUGUAUGCAACCGAACAACAUAAUGGGAAUCGACAAUAUUUGCGAGCUCGCGGCGAGGCUUUUAUUUUCCGCAGUCGAGUGGGCUCGUAACAUACCGUUUUUUCCGGAUCUUCAAGUUACCGAUCAGGUGGCAUUGCUCAGGCUAGUCUGGAGCGAAUUGUUCGUUCUAAACGCGAGUCAGUGCUCGAUGCCGCUCCACGUUGCCCCGCUGUUAGCAGCGGCGGGGCUUCACGCCUCUCCGAUGGCCGCGGAUCGUGUCGUCGCAUUUAUGGAUCACAUCAGGAUCUUCCAGGAACAAGUGGAAAAACUUAAAGCGUUGCAGGUCGAUCCAGCGGAAUACAGUUGUCUCAAAGCCAUCGUUCUCUUCACGACGGAUGCCUGCGGACUCUCGGACGUCGCGCACAUUGAAUCGCUGCAAGAGAAAUCACAAUGCGCCUUGGAGGAAUACUGCAGAUCACAGUAUCCUAGUCAACCAACGAGAUUUGGCAAGCUUCUGCUUCGUCUACCAUCACUUAGAACGGUCUCGUCCCAAGUUAUCGAGCAGUUAUUCUUCGUUCGUCUCGUCGGUAAAACUCCAAUCGAGACACUUAUAAGAGACAUGUUAUUGAGCGGGAGCAGCUUCAAUUGGCCGUACAUGUCCUCGAUGUGACACUCUGUCUGGAGGCAGUUAGCUUCCGCAUAAUGAUAACAAGAUUAAUGGUAACAAUAAUAAUGAUAUUAAUGAUUGACGCCUUAUAGUGCUCUCUGCUCUUUCAUUUUUUACACAAUUUGUUAUACCAUCGUGACUGUGAGAGAUAUUAGGGAGGAAACAAAAACAAAUGACUAAAUUCAUUGUCGUCGAAAGGGUUUCAUUCGGAUGAGCAUAAAAUUCUUUCAACAAAUUUGUUACGAAAAAUGUGAAGCGUUCUCUUUGCGCGAUCGAAGAACAACGGCAGGUUCGACCUUUCGAUACGAGGAUCAGAGCUUUCAGGGACAAUCGAACGAGGUGUGAACGAAUCAUAAAUUAGCAUUUACAAUGGACUGAAACGGGAUUGUCUCCGAGAGUGAAGAUGAUGCGCGGCGGAUAUAUUAUGUGCGCGCAUAGUCGUUGUACGACGGAAGAUUGGGACUAACCAGCCGGAUCAUGCUCUUCGAUAGACGUUUGAAUUCAGGCUCUCCGAUUCUCCUAUGAAACUUCCCAGAUCUCACUUCGAGCAGAGUCCUUCUCUUCUUUACCUCUUUAUAUUUCUCUCUACGGGAGAUCGGGCCUCGCAUCUCGGCCACAUCGAUGCAGAUCGUUAUCGCCCGCUCCUCGCUCUCUCCGCCUCCCUCUUUCUUGCUCACACUCACACCGGACAAUCGAAAACUCGCGCACACUACCCGUUCUCCCGUUAGAGAUCGUGAUCGUUCUCUCUUUCGAAAUCGGUGUCUCAGCUCGCUCGAUCUGCUGCCAUUCGACGCGUAUUCUUCUCGUCGAAUUGGAGAAACGAAUCGAAAGUGCGCGACACGACGUUCGAUUUAGAGAACAAGACAACGCAAUGCUCCUCACGAAUAUUCGAAAUUCGAGAACGAACUCGUUGCAACGGUGAAUCAAAUGCAAAUCAAAUCAGGACGAUUUAAAAAUUGAGCAUCGUGGAAUCACUUGCGUGUGUGUGUGUGAGCGACCGUAUUUUCGAUCGAUCGAUCACGUUCAAUAAAUUUUUUCCUACUUCCUACUACUACGUCACAACGAACAACGACGUUGACUUCACCCUCAUGAGCUCUUUCACACGAUAGUCCAAUCUAAAAAAGCUAGAAGCCUCUGCGCUAGCCGUUUCAUCGACGAUUCGUUUUAUCGUACACGUUCAACCUCGUGCCACCGUUCGGCCGUUAGUCAAUUUCAAAUCAUUUUUGUUCUUCUUUAUUGUUCAUUUUGUUAGGGAAGUUUUGCGGUUGACAAGCACGAAGCGAAGGAGAGACGAGCCUCGACUCGAAUUGUUAUUAUUAUUAGUGCGGAAAAACUAUGUGAUAUGUUAUUAUUUAUAAUGAUUGAGAAACGAAUGAAAAAAAGGGAAGAAGACACGGACUAAAAUAAUAAUCGGAUCGCUUAUUCGGAGAGGAAAGAGAUGUUGGAAAGAGGAACUUUCGAUAAUAAAUCAUACCCGCCGAAAGGCUUAAAAUUCACAAGUAAAGGCAAGCGGUGCUUCUUUUUCUACGUUAUAAAUAUUGUACGAUAGAAUCGUAUGGACGUGCGUAUCGGUGUAUAUAUAUGAUGAUAUCCACUGACACUGUGUAAAUAUGCGAAAAAUGUGCGAAUGUGAAUAUAGACGCGAAGAGGAAAGUGCGGCGGUUGGACUUGGGGCAAAGGAGUGCCCGGGCGAGGGAGAUCAAUUAGAACGAGAAACUGUUCCCUCGGCGUGCUAGUUGCGUGUUGAAUGCCGAAUAUUAGUACAUAAAUGUGGCAAUGUCGAGCUCUAGUUACUUACGAGAAUAAAUAGAGGGGAACUUUAAGGGGUUUAUGGGAUAAUAAUUGAAGAAAAAAUAAGGAAAAACUCGAAAAUAACUAUUGUAUCAAAUGUGUGUAUCGUGCGAAAAGCAACUUCGGCAGUUUUAUCGCGGAAGAGAUUCGUCAAGCGGAAAAAAGAGAUGAAGCAAUGUACAGAUAUGAGCUCGCGUUCUCGUGUGUACGAAUGUGUCAUAGUGAUCGAGAUACGCGGGAGAAUCACGUGAUUCGCGUGAUUUUUUCACAAAUUUUGUGUCACCAGCCCUGACAACCGUUCCCAUAGAUGAGAUAAAAGAGACUAAGGAACCAGAUUCUUUCCCCCAUGUUUCCCAUAUUCACGGACGAAAAUGAGGAUCGAAUUAACGAUGAAAAAAAAAAUCAACUCUUGGUAUACUCGCGAUGGAUAUGCUCUCGCAAUCGCCAAACGUGUAGCUAAACUUGCUCACGGAAUCGAAAACUCGAUUAUUGUAUUAUAAUAUAUGACUCUCGACGAGAGCAGCGUCAGUUAAAUCUUGCAACGUCGUUGAGCAAAGAAGAAGAAGAAGAAGAAGAGGAAUGAGAUGGCGCAAACAAACGAAAAACACAUCGACUCGUUCCCUCCCUCUCUUCUAUACCGAUCCUACUCGUCCUUGUAUUCUUCAAUCACCGACAUACAAAAUACACAAAAACACACACACACACAUACAUCGACACUCGUAGAACACACACUAUCAUAUGUAUCACAUACGACGUACGAAUAUUAACGUUUAAUCAAUAAACAAGAAAAUUAUAACAACA